CUCUCGUCAUAUGACGGCAGCGAAGAUGUUAAUGAAUACCUGCACCACCCGUUGAGCAAGGGCAAUUGUAUCAUCGGCUGUAUGGCACAGGCGACGAUGGACAGGUGCCAGUGUUGGCCACCGGAGUUGCCGUUCAUGAGGGGCAGUCUGGAGGACGCGCAGGAAAAUCUGCUCAAAUGGUGCGAUUGGGACGGCGAUGGGCUGGACGUGGCACCGAAUCAGCCUGAUAAACCGGCAAAUGCAACCUGGUUUCAAUAUUGUUUUACCGUACAUGAAACACUGUGCAAAGCCAAGUGUAACUCCGAUUGCAAAAUAGACAGAUAUCGGAUCAUAAAGGAAGUCCGUCAGUGGCCGUCCACUGAACGCAUUGAGCACAGCAAGAAAGGUGACUAUCUUUACGAUAUGAGGCAGUGCUGCGCCAUUGUGUCCAUCAGGUACUGGAGCGCCGAGCAAGUGAUCAAUCAGUAUCAGCCCAAGUUUGAGACUGCUGAGUUCUCGUCAUACAUCGGGGGCUUGUUAUCGAUGUGGGUCGGGUUUUCACUACUGGGCCUUUACGAUGUGAUCGAGGGUAUUGUAAUCUACAUGUAUAAACGUGUUAAAGAAAACGCCCAGGAUAAUAAUAAGCUAGGUGGUCUUACCGGACUCAACAAACUGGCCCCGAUUAUUGAGCCCAUACAGGUGUUUAACACUAAUAACAACACUACUAAAUACCCGGACCCUUACGGUAAUCACCAGUUGUACCGACAGCGGUGGCGACGAGCGGCCCGCGUGGCCACUAUUGUCGACCGCUGGACACAUAGCGUACCGCACAUAGUGCUCGUUGGUCUAAAAUAUCAACAUUUUAACGAGAUGUUUCUCCGCCGCAUGUCUGCCAACCAGACAGACAUAUCAUUGACCCGAUAUGUCUCGUACUCAUCCUCAGCACAUAUCCUCAGCUUUACCAUUAAAAAGCACUGGUCACUUUACAAGAUAUUCAAAUGUCUAAACGUUGAGAACUACUACCUCCUGAUGGCGGCCAUUGCUUUGCUAUCACUAGUAGUUAGCCUAAAGCGCCGGUCUAUGAAAGCAUUUUUGCCGACCCUCUGGUCGUACGGCUCGGUAUUGUUGUCCGACGUCUAUACCAUUCAGUACACGGCGGGCGCCGAAAGACUGUUGGCCGGCCUUUGGCUACUGGUUUGUACCGUAUAUUUGGCCGCAUUCGCCGGUUAUCUCCGGGAACUACUCAUACAAGUGCCGCCCAUUGAUUGGAUAGACUCGUUGCAGGACUUGUACGGUAAGCCCCAGUGGCGGAGCCGUAACAUUCAGACCUUUAGAUAUGAUGACUUUCACGUGUAUUUAUAUAAGCCCAAAAAGUUUGGGGGCUUAGCGGCCGACACGGCCCGUCACCUGCACUCCCGGUUGGACCCAAUGGUUAGUCCCGUUAAACUGUUUUUGGACCCAACAACUGAUCUGACCAAAGCUCUGGAUUAUAAGUCCGUCAUUGAG